AUGGUAAGCAUAUAUGCAGCAAGCCUUGCAAAAAAAGAACAAACAAUUACUCUACGUGGUCGCGUAAUUUUUCCUAGUGGUUCCCGUAUGCCAAUUGAAUCUGAUGGAACAUUAACAGUUGAGUUACAAGAUACAUCACUUGCUGAUGCUCCAGCAAGAGUUAUUGCACAAGGUACAGGUAAAGCUAUUCGAUUUCCAAUGGCAUUUGCAAUAAAAUAUUCACCAAAACAAAUUAUUCCGGGAAGUUUUUGUUCAUUACAUGUUACUAUAAGAAAUAAAAAUAAUGAAUUAUUAUAUAUAAAUGAUGUUCAUAUUCGUGUAAAUCCAAUUGGUCUUGAUCGAACAACAUUUAUUGAUGUACCUGUUAUACUUGUUAAAAAUACAAAACCGGUUGUUAAAAAAACUCAAUGGCCUGAAUUAGUUGGUAUGAAUGGCCAAGACGCAGUUCAAAUUAUUAAACAAGAAACAGGCUUUUCAAAUGUUGUGACAAUUCAAGAAGGAUCACCAGUCACAUUGGACUAUCGUACGGAUCGUGUUCGUGUUUUUGUUGAUAAUAAAGGCAUUGUGAAAGGUGUUCCAAAUAUUGCUUAA